AUGUUGGUUGAAUGGGUUCUGAUCUGCCCGCUUGCGGAAGCUUAUGUUUCUCUGCUGCAGCUGGGACCAGCGGAGCUACUGAGACUCUUUUUAAUUACGCAGGCCGGUGACGAUGCAGGCAGCCUUUCUGCUCUUCUACGAUCAAAAUGGGGACCAUUAAAAAAUAAUGAGCAGACAAUUGGCUUUUACACCAAGCAGAUUCUUGAAGGAUUAAAAUACCUCCACGAUAACCAAAUAGUGCAUCGAGACAUAAAGGGUGAUAACGUGCUUAUCAACACGUACAGUGGAGUGUUAAAGAUUUCGGACUUUGGAACUUCAAAGAGACUUGCAGGAAUCAACCCGUGUACUGAAACUUUCACUGGUACCCUUCAGUAUAUGGCACCCGAAAUCAUAGACAAAGGGCCACGUGGCUAUGGGAAGGCUGCGGAUAUCUGGUCUUUGGGAUGCACAAUCAUUGAGAUGGCUACAGGGAAGCCCCCGUUUUAUGAGCUGGGAGAACCACAGGCAGCUAUGUUUAAGGUGGGAAUGUUUAAAAUACACCCAGAGAUUCCUGAAUCCAUGUCUGCAGAAGCCAAGGCUUUCAUAUUGCGUUGCUUUGAACCAGAUCCUGAUAAACGAGCUUUUGCUCAUGAGCUACUUAUAGAUGAAUUCUUGAAGGUUUCAAGCAAAAAAAGAAAGUCCCCAGCAAAGCUCUCGGUUCUUUCAGCUAACACAAAUGAGUAUCUUCGGAGUAUAUCCUUACCUGUCCCUGUUCUGGUGGAAGAUACAAGUAGCAGCAGUGAAUAUGGUUCUGUCUCGCCUGAUACAGAAUUAAAAAUUGAUCCAUUCUCUUUCAAAACAAGAGCCAAAUCCUGUGGAGAAAAAGAUGGGAAGGGAAUACGGUCCCUUUUUCUGAGCAUCCCAGAUGAAAAUUUUGAGGAUCACAGUGCACCUCCUUCCCCUGAAGAGAAAGAUUCUGGCUUUUUCAUGCUGAAGAAGGAUAGUGAAAGGAGAGCCACCCUUCACAGGAUAUUAACUGAGGAUCAAGAGAAGGUAGUGAGGAACUUGAUGGAAGCUUUGGCUCAGGGAGCCGAAGAACCCAAGCUAAAAUGGGAACAUAUCACAACGCUGGUUUCCAGCCUCCGAGAGUUUGUACGGUCCACCGACCGUAAAAUCAUCGCAAACACACUGAAACUGGAACUAGACUUUGACAGCCAUGGUAUCAGUCAAGUGCAGCUUGUGCUGUUUGGUUUUCAAGAUGCUGUCAAUAAAGUUCUCCGAAAUCAUAACAUCAAGCCACAUUGGAUGUUUGCAUUGGACAGCAUAAUCAGAAAAGCUGUGCAGACUGCUAUUACUAUUCUGGUCCCAGAAUUGAGGCCACAUUUUAGUCUUGCAUCUGAAAGUGAUACAGCAGAUCAAGAUGAUAUAGAAGCUGAAGAAGAUCAAGAUGAACAGCCUCAGAAUCAAACUAUCCAACAGCCUUGCAUUGUCAUGGAAGAUGCAAUAGCUACCUCAGGUGUAAGCACACUCAGCUCUACGGUAUCCCAUGACUCCCAGGCUGCUCACAGAUCCCUGAGUGUCCAGCUGGGCAGGCUAAAGUUAGAGACAAACCGGUUAUUGGAGGAGUUGGUUCAAAAGGAGAGAGAAUUUCAAGUCCUCCUACAUCAAGCUAUAGAAGAAAAAGAUCAAGAGAUCAGAAACCUACGGCUUAGGUCACAGCCAAUAGAUAUUCCUGGAUUGUCUGUCUGUCAUCGUCAUUCCACUGGCACAGGGACCGAAGACCCUGAUCUCAUAAACUGGCUGAGUGUUCAAGGAGCUGAUGAGGCCACAAUAAACAAGUUCUUGGCUGAAGACUACACAUUAAUGGAUGUUCUCUGCUAUGUUACACGAGAUGAUCUGAAAUGUUUGAGACUGAGAGGAGGAAUGCUAUGCACGCUCUGGAAGGCCAUCACUGACUUUCGAGAGAAACAUGCCUGACAUUGAAAUUUUUCUUCACUUCUCCACAGAGAGGAAGAGAUUUCCUUUCGGCACAGAGCAGGUGUGCUGUCAGAAGGACUGUUGCACUUUAAUCCAGUAUUUGUUUACCAAUGUUAAAAACACUGCAGCUUCCUGACUUUUACUCCUGUAAUCUGUAAGGAAUCUGUAAACAACCUGCAACAUUAUUUUACUUUACAUGUUUUUUACAUGCAAGUUUUUAAAAAAUUUAAAAAAACCCACCCAACGCCAAAAAAAGAUUAUAAACUCAUGAAAUAUUGUAGUUAAAGUAACCAGAUGUUAAUUUCAUUAAAAAAUUAUGUAAGAUUUCAUGUGACUGUACAUCACUGGAACAAAACCAAAAUGUGACGACAACUUCUCAAGUUCCUUUUUCUUUGUAAUGUAUCUCCGUAAUCUAUAUCCGAACUUCAUAAUUUCAAUCAUAGUUAGGUAUUCUUCUUUUAGUGUGCAAGACCCAAAGCUAAUUGUUUUUAGCUACUGCCCUACAUAGUUUAAUGUUGUUUAUUUUUGGUAAUUUAAGUUCUAUGGUGCGUUUGUUUUAGAGUUGUUUAUGUACUACUGAACUGUACCAGUUGCAUACACCUGAACCACAGUAAUGUUAGCUUGUUCUAAAGCUAUCUCUGACACACACAGUUGAAAAUAAAAAGAACCUAAG